AUGUCAGUAGAUGAAGAUAGAAGUAGUCGAUACGAUCAGAUGACAUCACAGAAUAAUACUAAAAGUAAAGAUGGUUGUAAUGAUUUACUACCACCAUCUGAACAAAUCUCCAUACCAUCUCCAGAAAACGAUAAUACCCCACCAUCACCGGCACCGUCGAAUGAUGAUCCAGAUCCAUUGGAAUUGAAGAAACUUUCACUAAAUUAUGAUUAUCUAAUGUACAAAAUUAGGGACUAUAUAAAUACACUAACGGAACAAACGUACCAAUCGAUACUAUCCAAACAGUACCAGAUUAAUCAGGAAUACUUACACGAUCAAUUGAAUUUAUUUGAUAAUUAUGAAAGCAUUGAUGAAAUGUUGAAAACUAUCAGUCAAUUGGAAAUGGAGUUUUUAAAGUUGGAUCAAUUGGAAGUAUUUAUUCAAGAUUUUAAACAGAGAUUAAUCGUUUUGGAACAUGAAUUCGACAAACUAUGA